AUGGCAAACCAAAUAACAGAGGCCACUCUGAAGACAGUCCUCACCGAGCGUCUGCAAGCGAUCCACGUCGAGAUCACAGACAUGUCCGGUGGCUGCGGUCAGGCCUUCACCUCCACAAUUGUCUCCCCCGUAUUUGAGAAGCAAACCUCCCUCAAGCGCCACCGCCUCGUCAACGCCGCUCUCAAGGACGAGAUCGCUCAGAUCCACGCGUGGAGCGCAAAGUGUCAGACCCCUGCCGAGUGGGAGCGCGAUAGAGCUGCCGCCGGCGGCACCACCGAGGGGCCCCCGAUGGACGGGACCAUCGGCGGGAGAGUUGAAGGCGUUGCUCAGUAG